AUGGUCGACACGGUCGUCGUGGUGUYGAACAAUGAUGGCCGUCGUGUUGAACACGAUCGUCGUCGGGUCCGACACGAUGGUCGUCGUGUCAAACACGAUCUUCGUCGUGUCCGUCACGGUCGUCGUCGUGUCUAGCACGCUGGUGGUCGUGUCGAACACGAUCCUCGUCGUGUCGAACACGAUCGUCGCCGUGUCGAACACGAUCGUCGCCGUGUCGAACACAAUCGUCGCCGUGUCGAGCACGAUGGUGGUCAUGCCGAACACGAUCGUCGCCGUGUCGAACACGAUCGUCGUCGUGUCGAACACGACCGACGUCGUGUCGAACACCACCACCAUCGUAUCGAGCACGGUCGUCGUCGUGUCCGACACGAUCGUCGAUGAUGGUCGUCGGGUCCGCCACGAUCGUCGUCGGGUCGGACACGAUGGCCGUCGUGACGAGCACGGUGGUCGUCGUGUCCACCACAGUCGUCAUCGACACGAUCGUCGUCGUGUCCGACAUGAUCGCCGUACGGUGGUCGUCGUGUCGAACACGACGGUCGGUCUAGUCCUGACGCCGUCGUCGUGUCGAACAAGAUGGUCGUCGAGUCCUGACGCCGUCCUGUCGAACACGAUCGUCAUUGCCACGAUCGCCGUCGUGACGAGUACGGUGGUCGACGUGUCGAACACGAUGGUCGUCGAGUCGGACAUGACCGUCGUCGUAUCCAACACGUUUGCCGUCCAGUCGAGGGCCCUCGUGUCGAUGACCGUCGUCGUGUCGAGAUCGGUCGUCGAUCAUGACCAUCGUCGUGCCGAGAGCGGUCGUCGGCACGUCUUGUGCAUGGCUUGUGGUGUGCAUGCUAUGCCACGACAGRCUUGCAACACAAACUUGGAAAGCAUGGACUGUGUGGCGUCUAAUACAAUGCUCAAUGAGGAUUUUCCUCCACCGCACCUGCCAAUGUGUUCACAAGAUGUUCGAAGUGGUCACGAACGUGUUGAUAAUGCUCCGGAAUCUCCUGCUCAUAAGAGGUCACGAAAUAUUGCRUGUGCAAACACUACAUGUGAAAGUGCGUAUCCCAUCCUUCGAUGCCCGGUUCGAACCUAUGAUGCAGAAAGUGCUGAAGGUCAGGAGGGUAAGGCCUCCUCUACUGACAGCGGCGCAUCCGAUGUAGAUCGUGUUGUAUGGGUGCCGAGGAGUUUACUUCGAGAUUUCGAGUACACAGGUCUUCUGUUUG